AUGCUGCCGAUGGAGACCAUGUGCAGGAUACUUACAAGCUGCAUGAUCCACAAGGUUCUAUCCCUCAAGGAACCUCAGUACUUGAGCGAGAGACAGGGAAGAGUUGCUCAACUGAGGACCCGUCAUGAUCGGGAGUUACACUUUCACAGGCUGACACGGGAAUUGGGAAGAAAUAGGACAAUCAGUACGUACCUGCUCUCGCUACUUUUGAUACCGAUACUCGGAGCUGAAUCAGAGAAGAUGAACACGGCAAAGAAACGCAAGUAUAUUGACGAUUAUAUUCAAUAUGGGUUUGUUUCCUUGCUUAAAGAUAAUGUUGAUCACCCUCAGUGCGUUAUUUGCUAUGAGGUAUUAAGCAAUGACGCGAUGAGGCCUAAUCGUCUUCUGAGACAUUUGUCAACCAAACAUGCCUCUUUAAAGGACAAACCUAAAGAGUUUUUCGCUGCAAAAUCUAAGAAUUUAAAGCGCAUGAAGUUAGAUAGCACUGGAUCUGCUGCUCAGUCAUCUCUAAAAGUGCUUGAAGCUUCAUAUGAAUUAUCUCUUAUUAUUGCUAAGGAAAAGAAAAGUCACACUAUUGGUGAAACGCUUGUUAAACCGUGCAUUUUAAAAGCAGCCGAUGUUGUCCUUGGAACUGAUAGUAGGCAAAAGCUAUCACAAAUACCACUUUCAGACAACACCGUAAAACGCCGCAUUGAUGAUAUGGCCAAGGACAUUAAAAACCAGGUGGUUGAUGCAAUAAAAAAAUUACCGUUUUUUGCUAUCCAGCUUGACGAGAGUACAGACAUAGCACAAUGCUCUCAUUUGCUUGUAUAUGUUCGUUACAUUGAAAAUGAAAGAAUGAAGGAUGAACUGAUGUUUUCUACUGAGCUGUUGACCACUACUAAAGCUGUAGAUGUGAUGGAAGCAGUAUCAGACUUUUUUAAGAAACACGAACUUUCUUGGCAAAAACUUAUUGGUGUAUGCACAGAUGGUGCUCCUUCAAUGCUGGGUUCUCGUUCAGGCUUUGUGCAGUUGGUUAAAGAGAAGAAUGCUGAUGUGGUUGGGAUUCAUUGUUUUAUUCACCGCCAAGCCUUGGCACCAAAAACUCUUCCUAACGAACUCAAUGCUGUUUUAAAGCUUUGUAUUAAAGUAGUCAACUACGUUAAGAACGGUGCAUUAAAUACUCGACUGUUUAAAAUGCUGUGUGAAGAUUUAGGAAGUGAUCACAAAACGCUGCUAUUUCAUACAGAAGUACGAUGGAUAUCAAAAGGCAAUAUGUUGGGAAGACUAUUUGAACUCCGUGAGGAAGUGAUAACGUUUUUGGCACAGCAGAAGCAAAACGAGCUUAGUGCAGAGUUCAAAAAACCCUGGAACCAAGUGAUUUUGGCCUAUUUAUCAGACUUUUUUGACACGUUAACUUUUAACCUAAACUUGAGACUGCAAGGUGCAGACUCAAAUAUAGUAACACAUCGGGAUGCCAUCAAGAUGUACGUUGAGAAACUACAACUUUGGAUACGUAAAGUGUCAAUGAACCCCAGCAACUAUUCAAGUUUCAGCAAAGUAGUGUCAGUCUCAGAAGAAGUAUGUUUUGAGGACGUUUUUGAAGGACCGCUUUUGAAAAACUUGAUAAUUGACCAUUUGAAGAACCUCAAGGAGGAGUUCAGCAGGUACUUUCCUAACUUGUCAGAGGAGUUGUACAAACUAUCAACUGACCCGUUCAACAUGGACAUACAGUUGCUGCAUGAAGAGUUGCAAGAGGAGGGAAUAGAAAUAAAAAAUGACUCUGCUGCAAGAUACGAUUUUGACAAAAUGGACAAGCCCUCAUUUUGGUUAAAGUACUUAAAAGUUUACCCCAGUGUUUCAGGGAAAGCUGUUCGGAUGUACUUGCCUUUUUCAACAAUAUACAUGUGCGAAAAAGCGUUUUCAACUCUUGUGGCGAUCAAAACCAAGUACCGCAACAAACUUGAUGUCGAAAGUGACCUACGCUGUGCUUUGUCUGAAACUCAACCCAGGAUCUGUCAGCUUAUCCAGAACAUGCAAGCGCACCCAUCUCACUAA